AUGGGUUUGUCCCAUCAGUCAGAUGACAACACCAAGGUCGCUGACCACCAUCGCGAACAUGAAAAGCUUCAACAGCUGUGGGAUGAGGAUGUCUUCUACCGAUACGGCGUAGCGACUUUCACCGGCCUUGUUUAUCAAUCUCUUCUAGGUGGCACUGCCGGUGACCGGACCGCCGCAGUCCUCUCCAGGACGGGAGGAUUCAGUAUCAAGGCAGCCCGCCACCGACUUCUCGAGAAGACACAAUUCGUCCUCGAAUGCACCAAGAACGUGGAAUCACUCAAGCCGGAUGGGGUUGGAUUCGCCCCCUCUCUUCGCGUCCGCCUCCUCCAUGCUACAGUCCGACGGAAGAUCAUACAACUCGCCGCUUCACGUCCUUCAUACUUCUCGGUGGAACAGAACGGGAUCCCGGUGAAUGACCUCGAUUGUGUCGGAACAAUAGCGCUUUUUUUGGCCACGAUCAUUUGGCGAUCCCUUCCGCGCCAAGGGCUCCACAUACGAGAGCAAGAGAUCGAAGACUACAUCGCAUUAUGGCGGCUGGUGGCGUUCUAUAUGGGGACACCCACCGAGUUUUUCUCGACGCCGGUCAAGGCGAAAGCUAUUAUGGAAUCAGUCUAUCUGUAUGAGUACAAGCCGUCGCCUACGUCGAUGUCGCUGGCGCGUAACAUUAUCUGCGGUCGAACAAUCCCAGUCCUGGGCCGCUACCUGAUCGACUCUUUCCGGCGGAAUCUGUCGAAGGAAUGGGGCCGGGGAAGUCGCACCGUUUUCGACUUCAAGUACAUUCCCAAGUAUGGCUUCAAGACCGUCGACGAAGAAGAUGUGCAAGAGAGGAAAGCCGGUACGUUCUGGACCGCCGAUGUCAAGAUUUUGAUCACCUUGCUGUUCAUAGUAUGUGGGAUCGGCCUGGGCGCGUGGACUUCGGUGAGAACCGCCCUUUGGACCCGGCAGCGUUCUCAAGUUACAUUCUAG